UCUACACCAGAGCUGGCCGGCGGCCGGAGCGACUCGGCUUAGUGUGGGACCAGACUUAGUGGACCACCACAGAGGUCCGCGAGCAACAACAUGGAGAAAUUGUUUAUAGUGGGCCUUAUCCUACACGGGUGUGUGGCGGACCAUUACACUACCAAACCCGACUUCAUCAAAACCUGUUUAAAGAGUGACCCGAAUUUCGACGAUUGCUCCAAAGAGUCUGUGCAGCGGCUGUUCAACGCUCUGGGACCAGGUCUUCCGGAUAUCAAUUUGCCCCCAAUAGACCCGUUGAAUAUCCCCAAAAUCAGAAUACUACAGGGCGAGGGUCCCGUCAACGUGAAUGCGGCUCUCGAGAACGUCGUUGUGACCGGAUUCGGCAAAACAGAAGUUAUCUCCAGCCAAGUGGACUCAAAAAAUUAUGCCUUCUUCACUAGAGUGAGAGUGCCGAAAAUGAGAAUUGAAGGAACUUACGAUUUGAAGGGACGAAUUUUACUUAUACCUCUAGUGGGGAACGGUCUGUGUUGGUUUGAACCUAGUAACAUGUCGAUUGAUAUCAUAAGCGACGUGAAGUUAUAUGAGAAAGAUGGAUUUUCGUUCUUCAACGUUACUAAGGUCCAUGUUAAGUAUAAUAUUGGUGGAAUGAAGUUACAUAUGAGUAAUUUGUUUGAUGGUAUUUCGUCAUUGGAGGAUGGCACUAAUGCAUAUUUAAAUUCAAAUUGGCGGCCAGUGUCUGAAUCACUUCGACCAAUAUUGUCAAAAACUAUAGAAGAUAUUUUACUUGAUUUUAUGCAGCAAAUAUUCCACAACCUGCCAGCAAAUUUCAUGAUCGAAGACUUGAAAACGCAUUUUACUAAUAAUAAAAAGCCAAGGAAGGGGAGUGAUUAGUAUUACAGUUAUGAAUUAAGACUAUUUAAUAAU